AGCCGAACCAGCCUAGGGUUAGGGUUCAGCCGCCAUGGACGCCGAGCAGAAGCGGAAGCGAGCGGACCAGGACGAGGAGCCGGCGCCCGACGGCCUGGACGUGCUGGACCUCCGGGCGGCCAAGCGGCUGCUCAUAGGCUUCGAGCGCCGGCUCAAGGACAACCUGGAGGCGCGGAUGAAGCACCCGGACGACCCGUCCCGCUUCGCCGACUCCGAGCUGGCGCUCCACGCCGAGACGGACCGCCUCCGCCUCCUCGCCGGCGCGCCGGAGCUCUUCCCGGAGCUCGUCCCGCUCGGCCUCGCCUCCUCCCUCUCCUCGCUCCUCACCCACGAGAACGCCGACCUCGCCGCCGCCGCCGCGUCCCUCCUCGCCGACCUCACCGACUCCGACGACCCCUCCGACCUCGCGGGGGUCCAGGCCCUCGCCGACGCGCUCGUCGCCGCCAACGCGCUCGACCUCCUCGUCCACAACCUCUCCCGCCUCUCCGAGGCCGACCCCGACGAGGCCGAGGCCGUGCACCACUCCCUCGCCGUCCUCGAGAACCUCGUCGACCUCCGCCCGCACCUCGCCGACCUCGUCUGCGACCGCACCAAGAUCCUCCGCUGGCUCCUCGCGCGCCUCAAGGCCCGCGACUUCGAGGCCAACAAGCAGUACGCAUCCGAGAUCCUCGCCAUCCUCCUGCAGAGCAGCCCCGCCAACCAGAAGCGCCUCGGCCAGAUGAACGGGGUCGACGGCCUGCUGCAGGCCGUCGCCAUGUACAAGUCCAGGGACCCGAGGACCACCGACGAGGAGGAGAUGCUCGAGAACCUAUUCGACUGCCUAUGCUGCGUGCUCAUGCCCCUGGAGAAUAAGGAGAGGUUUGUCAAGGCCGAGGGCGUCGAGCUCAUGAUCAUCAUCAUGAAGCAGAAGAAGUCCGCAUACAGCUCCGCCAUCCGGGCUCUCGAUUUUGCCAUGACCAGGUUCCCACCGGCUUGCGAGCGCUUUGUUGAUGUCCUCGGGCUUAAGACCGCUUUUGCAGCCUUCAUGGGUAAGAUUCCUGUCAACAAGAAAAACAAAAGUGAGAGUUAUCAGGAGGAUCUAGAAGAACGCAUCAUUUCACUUAUUGCUUCCUUGUUUGGUGGUAUUACAAAAGGUUCACGAAGGAUCAGGUUACUAGGAAAGUUUGUUGAGAAUGAAUGUGAAAAGAUAGACCGUCUGAUGGAGCUAUACACACGGUAUUCAGACAGAGUGAAAGCUGAGACCGAAAGGUUCGAAAGUCUCGACUUGGACGAUCUGGAGAUGGAUGAUGAUGAGCGGUACAACCGGAAACUCGAAGCUGGGCUUUACACGCUUCAGCUUGUUGCGCUUAUUCUUGGGCAUAUCUGGCUCUCUGGGAAUUCACAGAUGAGGACAAGAAUAGAGUUGCUUCUUAGACAAAACAAGCUGACAAAGGAUGAUGUCAAGGAUAUACUCCAGGAGUACCAUGACAACAUCGGGGACCUGGAUGGGCCGGAAGAGAAGGAAAAAGCUCAAGGAAGGACCAAGGAAAUUAUCGGUGCGUUGUGACUGUGGAUUGCAUCAUCUUCCUGUAACAUUUUACCUGGUCUCCAUGGAUGGAUGUCGUAGGGGCCUGGAUUUUCAUGGAUUCAUGAUCGAUGUGUAGGCAUUGUCUUGUAAACUAGCAGCUAUCUGCGAACAAAUGCCAGCUUCUCAGAAUAUGCAUGUUGGCUGUGUUUCCCAACUUGUGGCCAAAACUGGCAUUCCAACCUGUUAUGUAGCUUCGGAUAACCAUUAGUUACUACUACACCAGUUUUGAAAAGAUGGUAUUGUUAUUACCUCAUAGCAAAUUCUAGAGAACAAAAAGAACUCAUCUUGGCCUUCUUAUAACAGGACUUUCUCUCUGGUUGUUUUGUA